AGACGUGGCUCAAGGAAAUACCUGGUGGCUUGAGCAGCCGGCCUGUGGUAUUUGCAGUGUUUUACUUAAGAUCAGCGGGCCCGGAACAAGCUAGACUAACUGAAAGGGAGUUUGCUUGAAGCUAAUGGUUCUGUUCAUCGCAAUGUUGGACGAUUUGCCGUUAGAUCUUCACAGCAGCCUAGUCAGUGCUCAGUACAUUUUCUUGGAAGUGAGUCGCAGCUGGACCCCACUUUUCGGGGAACCUGUGGCACAAGGCCAACAGGAGAUGGGCUGUUCCUCGAGCACUGCGGUCGAAGUGAAGACGACGCAGUCCUUGGAAAAGACACGAAAGACGACCGGAGUAAGCCUCUCGAUGAUGUCGACAGGGAUUUCGUGCUCAAUGGUGGAGCUCAAGGGCGGUGAGACGCGACCGCGUGUCGCCCCUGAGUUUUUCUCCCCUUGCAGCCAGGACAGUGGUCCUGCGGUGCGAAAGAUGCAGGCCAAUGACAUGCUGAGUCCGGGCUCUCGCAAGUCAUAUCAGUCGUAUCCAUUCUUGGAAGGUUUGCAAGAGGACAUGUGACGAGAUUGCGUCGGACCCUCCUCGCGAUGCGGCCCUCAGCCAUCGAUCAGCACACUCCCGA